AUGAUGAUUCAUAAGCUUAUUGCACUACUGCUAGCCUCGCUUUUGAGUGCACCUGUAAUAUCAUUCACAAACCAACAACGAAGCAUUCACAGCACAAGCCUGCUAUUACCAUCAAUUCAACAAUUGGAACGAACAAGAGGAUCAUCUCCAAUCUUCUCGACCGAUCCAGAUAAUGAUAAUGGAUUGGGGGAUGAUAUUCCGCUACCUGAAAGUUCCGUUAGUACACCAACUUCCAGUGAACCUGAAGGGACUCAAUAUCCACUCAAUGUGCCAUCCCCAAUUCUCUUGGCAACCUCCAUGAUAUUGGCAAUCGUUGGUACUGGUUCCGCAUUUGAGCUCGUCAACCCAGAACCAAAAUUCGGCUUUGCCCAAACCGCUGUGUUGGCCUUGUUUUCCAUCCCGACGUGUUUCUUCCUGUUUUAUGCAAGUGUACUCAAGGCAACAGCCGAGACGGAAGCUGAUGAUAAAGAGUUCAUGAAGCAGCGUAGGUAUUAG